AUGGGGACGGUCCUGCUCCAGUCCAGCAGCUAUGGCAACGAGGAGGGCAGGCUGCUCAGCAGCCUUGCUGCUGGCUCGCAGCUCAGAGCAUACUGUGCAGUAGGAGCUUUGUUUUGCUCUAUACUGGAUUUUGAUUUAUUUACAAUUGCACACAAAGUAAUUUCCUCAUCUGUUCUUUCUUUAGAGGCCCUGCACCGCCCCUAUGGUUGUGACGUUGAACCCCAGGCACUGAACGAAGCCAUCAGAUGGAGCUCCAAGGAGAACCUGCUUGGAGCCACUGAGAGCGAUCCCAAUCUCUUUGUUGCACUUUACGAUUUUGUAGCAAGCGGUGACAACACACUCAGCAUCACCAAAGGUGAGAAGUUGCGAGUCCUGGGUUAUAACCAGAAUGGUGAAUGGAGCGAGGUACGUUCUAAGAAUGGGCAGGGCUGGGUACCAAGCAAUUACAUCACACCAGUGAACAGCCUGGAAAAACAUUCGUGGUAUCAUGGGCCAGUGUCACGCAGUGCAGCCGAGUAUCUGUUGAGCAGUCUCAUCAACGGCAGCUUCCUGGUUCGUGAAAGCGAGAGCAGCCCAGGGCAGCUAUCCAUCUCGCUCAGGUACGAAGGACGUGUUUACCACUACAGGAUCAAUACCACCUCAGAUGGAAAGGUAUAUGUGACAGCAGAAAGCCGUUUCAGCACCCUAGCAGAGCUGGUACAUCAUCACUCAACAGUAGCAGAUGGACUGGUGACAACUCUGCAUUACCCAGCACCCAAGUGCAAUAAGCCCACUGUCUAUGGAGUGUCCCCCAUCCACGACAAGUGGGAGAUGGAGCGAACAGAUAUCACCAUGAAGCAUAAACUUGGGGGAGGGCAGUAUGGCGAAGUGUAUGUUGGCGUCUGGAAGAAAUACAAUCUCACAGUUGCUGUGAAAACGUUAAAAGAAGAUACCAUGGAGGUGGAAGAGUUCUUGAAAGAAGCUGCUGUAAUGAAGGAAAUCAAGCACCCAAAUCUAGUGCAGUUAUUAGGUGUAUGUACCCUGGAGCCACCCUUUUACAUUGUGACAGAAUAUAUGCCGUAUGGGAACCUGCUAGAUUAUUUACGAGAAUGCAACCGGGAGGAAGUGAGUGCUGUUGUGCUACUCUACAUGGCCACGCAGAUCUCCUCUGCUAUGGAGUACCUAGAGAAGAAGAACUUCAUUCACAGGGACCUGGCAGCACGGAAUUGCUUAGUUGGCGAAAAUCAUGUGGUGAAGGUGGCUGACUUUGGCUUAAGUCGACUUAUGACUGGAGAUACCUACACAGCUCAUGCUGGAGCCAAGUUCCCAAUCAAGUGGACAGCUCCUGAGAGCCUGGCCUAUAACACCUUUUCAAUCAAAUCAGAUGUGUGGGCCUUUGGGGUGCUGUUAUGGGAAAUCGCCACCUAUGGCAUGUCGCCAUACCCAGGCAUCGACCUGUCUCAGGUGUAUGAUCUGCUGGAGAAGGGCUAUCGAAUGGAACAACCCGAGGGGUGCCCUCCGAAGGUUUAUGAACUGAUGAGGGCAUGUUGGAAGUGGAAUCCACCAGACCGACCUUCCUUUGCUGAGACCCACCAGGCCUUUGAAACCAUGUUCCACGACUCGAGCAUCUCUGAGGAGGUAGCAGAGGAGCUUGGAAGAACAGCCUCCUCCUCAUCCAUAGUUCCCUACUUGCCCCAGUUACCCAUGCUUCCCUCCAAGACUAGAACACUGAAGAAACAGGCAGAGAACAAGGAGAAUAUUGAAGGAACACAAGAUACUGUGGAGCACUCGGCUUCCAGCUCAGCACCAGGUUUUAUCAGAAGCACACAGCCAACGAGUGGGUCUCCUGCCCUGCCUCGCAAGCAGAGGGACAAGUCACCCAGCAGCCUGUUGGAGGAUGCCAAAGAGACCACUUUCACCAGGGACAGGAAAGGUGGCUUCUUCAGCUCCUUUAUGAAGAAGAGGAACGCUCCCACACCUCCGAAGCGCAGCAGUUCCUUCCGGGAGAUGGAGAAUCAGCCCCACAAGAAAUACGAGUUAACGGGGCUUCCAGAGCAGGAUAGGAUGGCAAUGACCCUUCCCAGAAAUUCCCAGAGGUCAAAAAUCCAGCUGGAACGAACAGUGUCCACCUCCUCUCAGCCAGAUGAGAGCACAGGGAGGGCCAGUGACCUGCUUCCCAAAAGGUUUGAAGAAGGCCCUGCUUUGACCAGAGAGAGACCAAAAGCAAAACUCUUGCCGAGGGGUGCCACAGCUCUCCCUUUCCGAACCCCCUCUGGUUCGGAAGAAAAGGAGGGUCCGGGGCUAGCAGCAGCUCCUAAAAGCAAAGAAAAAAACACUGGCCCACGGCAGGGGGCCCUUGAGGAUGGUGAGAGACCAGGGUGGUCAUCUCCAGCAAAGGCUGCAGCAAUACUUCCAACCACUCAUAACCACAAAGUGCCAGUCCUAAUCUCACCCACUCUAAAACACAGUCCAGCAGACGUGCAGCUUAUUGGCACAGACUCUCAGGGUAAUAAAUUUAAGCUCUUAUCUGAGCAUCAGGUCACUUCUUCCGGCGACAGGGACCGGCCCAGACGGGUAAAACCAAAGUGUGCUCCACCUCCACCACCAGUGAUGAGGCUCCUACAACAGCCAGCUGCCUGCUCAGAUGCAGCAGAAGAGCUGGGCAACGUGGCAGGAGUGCAGCACGGACUGGAAUCGAGCGACGGGAGUAAGAAGGCGGCAGCAGCAGCAGCAGCAGCGGCAGCAGCACCUGUUGGUGGAAAAUCUGGGAGGCCUGUGAUGCCUCCACCUCAAGUGCCUCUGUCAUCGUCUUCCACCUCCCCGGUGAAAAUGGCCAAUGGCACGGCUGGUGCAAAAGUGGCACUGAGAAAGACCAAACAGGCAGCCGAGAAAAUUUCAGCAGACAAAAUCAGCAAGGAAGCGCUGCUGGAGUGCGCAGAUCUUCUCUCGAGUGCCAUCACCGAGCCAACACCAAACAGCCAGCUGGUGGAUACAGGGCACCAGCUGUUGGAUUACUGCUCAGGCUACGUGGACUGCAUCCCGCAUACACGCAACAAAUUUGCCUUCCGGGAAGCCGUGAGCAAACUGGAACUCAGCCUGCAGGAACUGCAGGUGUCAUCAACAGCUGCUAGCGUCCCUGGGGCAAACCCUGUCCUUAAUAACUUAUUGUCAUGUGUCCAAGAAAUCAGCGAUGUGGUGCAAAGGUAGCUACUGUCAAUCUGGGUAAGAGAAACACACAUGGGGGGGACUUUUUUCUGUACUGAUGCUUUCAAAAGGAAAGACUGAUACUUGAGUAUGUGAAGUACCUCAGAUCACUGAGUUCUCCUCACGUUUACAGGUUCAUCUCAAAAAUGGGGAGGGAGAGGGUAGAUUAAAGCUGUAUGGGACAGAACACCAGGCAUUUGUCCCUACCGAGUCACCCCGGUCUGCCUGGGUUGGCAAGGGAAGGAAGUCCUUGCUCCUCCCUUUGAGAGGCAGGAGACUCAAUGGCAGGUUUUUUUGCUAUGGGAAGGAUGGUUUGCCAUGUGAUAGCUGGAGUACUGCAGUGGCUGCAGGCCACUUAGCUCUACAGAUCCUCCCCUAUCUGCACUAAUGCAUGCUUGGGCCUCCUGACAACGCAAAGGCAAGGCACUGGGGCUCUGCUGGUACCAACUGCCAAGCAGUCUGAGCGGGAGCAGCUUCGAAGGGGACAGUUGCAUGCAGUUGGGGAAAAGGUCUAAUGCACUGACAGUAUUCAGAGCUGCUGGAGGUGGAUGCACUAGCCCAGAUGGCUUACUUCCACAGUGCUGUUGCUGCUGUAACGAGAACUGCAAAAUGAGUUAAUAUAUGAAAACUGUCCCUUUUCCCUCCUGUCCACCUCAUCUAUCACACAUUCUCGUUUUCAUUAUACCUGAGGCAUCAGGGAUGCUGGGCAGACUUACCACUGGAAUACCCCCUUCCCCACCACACCGCCUUCACUCAGUUGAUACCCAUUUCUAGUGGUCUAGCACAGGUGCUACUUGAUGGUCAUUUGUGAGUAGUUUGGGGUUCUUGCACAACCUGCCAGUGUUGUUGUUAUCGGGAGGGAAGGGUGUUGUUUUUUGGUUUUUGUUUUUUUUUUUUUUUUAAAGCUCUAGAUUGUUUUUAACUUGUUACCAGGUUGACUCCCCAAUUCUGUUUCAUUACCUUGAGGACCCAUAGUAGGUAAGGCAGAGCCUCCACCACCUCCAGCCCCUGGCUGCUCUCCACAUUCCUUUAGCAGUCAGAGUGCUGCUGCAGCCAGCUGGAAAACCAGAAAAUACAGCGUCGCCUGCCCUGCCCUGCCGUGCCCUCUCACUGCUGCAGGCUUCACUGGACCAGUCCCUACUCUGGCAUAACACUAACUCUGCAAACUGAUGGCUUUCUAGGAUUUGCUCUAUUGCCUACCUUGCAGGCGCUUCCUCUUCCCUGGAUAUGAAGGUGAAUAGUUACGUGAGCACCCACGGGAAUCACAGCCAUCCUUUUAUUUACUUAAAGACUAGACCAGACUCUCAUGCUGCAGAGUUAGGGAGCGUGCACAUAUAACUGCACACUCCUCUGCCUGAGGCUUGACAAAAACUGGUAUGGCUCUGCCUUGGAGAGCUUCCACUGGUCUCUGAUGCCUAUUGACAAUCCCAGAAUGAAAGCAAUCAUGUGGUGGAAGUUGUCUUCCUGGGUCCUGGUGCUGUUUGUAGACUAUUGUGGCCUCGGAAAGCCAGCGUCUGUGUAUACGCACAACUGCCUAGGAUGUAAGCGUACUGGCACAUAGGAAGACCUCAACCAGUCACGUGGUUUGAGAAAGGGAGAAAACAGGCCUGGUACCUAUCUCCAAAUACACAUGUGCUCCUGCAUGCUGCUGUUCACUUUUCACCCUGUUGGUGAUGAUAGAGAAUCUGGCUUGCUUUGCACCUUAAAUCUUUUAUUUUUGGCUAAAAUGCUUUUUAAACUUGUUUUUGAAGUGUGACAGUGUUGCUUUUAAUUUGAGCAUUUAUUGUUGAGCUGGGGCACAGGCGUGAAUUAGAGGAUUGGCACUUCGGUUUCUACCUAGAAGCAUUGCCCUGUUGGUGCUCGAAAGUAGGCUGGUCCGUCUCAGCAUAUGGCCCUAGUUUUUCUAUGGAGCCUAGUGAGACAGUGGCCUGAAAAAAUCUUUAGAAAUGAGCUGGUGUCUGGGAACCCUCACUUUAUUACUGUUCUGUGGUAAAUGAAGCUGUGUCACGAUGCACGAACGCGCACCAGUGGAGCGGUGUGUGAGGUGAAAUGGACCACGUGAGCUUCACUGUCAAAGUAAGUGAAAUGCUAAAAAAGAGACCUAACCCCUCCACCACAAACCAGACACAUUAAAGUGAAUUAAUUGAUCUUACAGGUCAGUUUUACUCUGCUGAGGCGACACCUAAGCGAGGACAAAUGAAAGUACAGUGCGAGUUAGCAGUCCUGACUUAGUAGUACCAAGCCCACGUGACAAAGCCUGCUGUCUAGUUCUGCAGGAGCGUGGAGCUUCAGGCUGUCCUCUCGUAUGGUCCUUAAGCUCCAAGCCUCACUGAGCAGCGGGGCAGAGGGGAUGGGGGAAAGGCUGCACUGGGAUUCUUUCACGGUAAGGCAGAGUACCAAACCAUUAUCUUGUAGACUUUACUGAGGGCUUUUGUGGUUUACCUUAUCUCUUUCAGUCAUCUUUAUUGCAUGUGUGUAUCCCUGCACACCAAACUAUCUGCCUUUGGAAAGGUGACCUGCAAAGGGAAAAGACUUGUGGUGUUGCUUCAUGUUGCCUUUUAAACAUCAAAGGGAUUGAAAAGCUAGGCGAGCUUUCGUAGUGUCAGAUACGCAGGCCUCGUCUGCCGCGGGAGACGAUCUCACAGUUUCAUCACUGUAUUACUACUCAGCCUAGUAGAAACAGACUGAAACUGAAGUGAUUCUCAGGGGAAAGGUAUUUUAACCAGAAACUUUUAAACCUAUUGUAGACAUAACUCCAAUUCUGAUAAGUAUUUUGAAAGAAGCCGCCUUUUUUUCCCUGAUUGCCAGUCGCCCAGAAAAGCACCAGCAAAAGUGAUAGAAUAGCAGGCCAUUCCUGGAAUUUCUAAUUAUUUAAGCUCUUUCAACCCUUUUUUACCCUUCUGAGAAAACAAAUUGCGUUCUAACAAGGUACCUCCCCAGCGCUAGUUAUCCACGCUUCCUUUAAGAUGCCUAGUUUCUCCUCCCCUACUCCAGAACGGGUGGACAGCGUGACAGAGCAAUGCCCUGGUCUGGCCUGGGCAGCAUCAUAGCUCUGCAGCCUCUGAGCUGAAAAAGCCCGGUGCUUUUAAACAGCAGCCGAGCGUCGGUUCUGACCCCUCCAGCAGAGGGAAAACAGGACAGUGAAAUUUCCGGGAUUUGCUCGUCAGGGGUCCUACAAAGUUUCUUUGCUCUUAUGUAUUGUCUUAUUGGCAUCAGGUAGGUGGUGGUGGAGGUAUUGCUGACUCGACACUAAUUUUUUCCCCCUAAACAGGAGGCUGCAGAAUUGUUGCUGCCUCUGCUCACUCUCCUGCCCAAUAUUGUUUUAUUCCACAAUCUGAAUUUCCUCAUGCCCUCUGGCAAGAUAGCAAAAGGACGGGAUCUGGGGAAGUUGAUUCUCUUGUGAAUCACAGGUCAGUUUUACUUUCUUCCAUAGCCAUUCUCCAAAAAUUGUCACAGUUCUGUCUCCCUUCUGAUAGGUUUGGCUUUCUGCUCAGCUUUAAAGACCUCUACUGUAGCAGCUACUCUGCUCUCAGCCUUGCACAGUAUGUUUGAAGUACCAUAAGGACGGAGAAGCCCUGUUACUUUUUCUCGUGAAGGGCACCCGUUGCUCUGCUCUUUGUGGACAAGGCAUAAACUCCUACUGAGUUUCCUUUUUUCACCACUGUGAGAAGGCCUCGUGCGCUAAGAAUGCAACUGCAGCCUGGCUCCCUAAUUAACUUGCACUAGUAUGGGCUAGAAUUUAAUCUUCCUUGCAAAAGGAGAUAGUAUCAAGCAGGGCCUGGUAAUGCCAAGCACAAAGCAUGUGCUCACACAAGUGAGUUGACUUGGGGCACUUUCUCUUCCUAGCUACUGUGGGCAAUUAGCCAGCUCGCAGGUGCAAUUCUCUUCCUGCACUGUACACCCUUUUAACCCCCAAACUGGUGCACUCCGCUGCCUGACUGGCAGCACUUUGAUUUUAUCGUACUUUUCAUCAGUGCUGAUAGAGCCGAGGCUGAAUUAAGGGUUUUGGUCUUGGGAAUGCAUCAAAGUUAAGCAUCUGGGAAAGCAGAAUUGAAGGGAGCAACGUUCCUGAUGCAGAACACAGUGGGGAGGUGCACCUACAUGUUCCUGUCAUCCUCACACAGGACAUUUCUCCUGAACACCACUGGCCUCAUGUCAGCGAGAACACAAACACAUGGGGGUUGACAUCCAGUUACAGGCGUGCCUACCUAAGAGCUUUGUGGCACGCCACUCUCGGCAGGCAGCAGGAUCUCAACCCCCCAGAGCGAGGGCUCGGACCACAGGCUCUGCAGCAACUCCUCUCUUGCUACUAUGGAGCAGAGUGGGGCAGUAGCUGUGCCCGAACUGCUGGGCUCAACAGAGCAGCCCCUCUCUGAAAGACAGGGAGCGUGUGACCGGUCAGGUAAGAGGGGUUACGUGCAGUCAGAGUGUUUCGAAUAAAGGAACACAGACGUUGUCGUCUGCACCGCUUACCUGACGCAGGCUUCCCAGGCAGCGGAGGGGCUCGGCGUUGUGUUCGUUGGUGCUCUUGGGCAAUAGCAGCUGUGACAAGCACUAAUGAAUCGAGAUGAUCUUUUUUUUUUUUGCAAAUGUUGCAGACUGCUGUUUUUUGUUUUAAAAUGCUCCACCCCAGCCCUGCUACUAACCAGUAGCUGACAGAAACGGAAGGGUAGUGACUACAGCAUGCUCAGAAACCUCCCACGUCGUGUGAACAGCACCAUCCGGUACCUUGUGCAAGUGGAUGUUUUGCAUGGAUGGGCAGUGGGGUUGCAGUCCAAUUGCCAGCAGUAUAGAACAAAACCUUUCGCCUAUUCCAUGUUGGUAGGAAACAAGCGGUUAUGGGACACCUGACUUACCUGUAACACCUACAAGGUGAGAAGUGUCUGUAGCAAAGGAGAUCACUCUUCCAAAUGUGUCUGUUGUGCAUGGGGGGUAAAGACUGAUCAACUCAGCACACUGUUUGUUAUCAGUAGUGAACUCGUAGAGGACAGGAAUGGAUUAAACUGAAACACAUUAAUCACCAAUCACUCUACCAGUGUUGUCAACUGUUUUUGUUUUUAAUUGUUAUUGUAAUAUAUUUUGGUUGUUUUUCUAAUUUAAUUCUCUCACUAUCGUCUGACUGUGAACUGCGAACAGUGUUAAACUUGAUGUAAAUAAGGCCCUUUGAAGGGUCUCUUUGCCUGUCGUUCCACAAAGUUUUGCCAAUUUGCAUUUUGUUUUAAAUAAAGGUUGCAAUAUUUUAUUGGCAAAUAAACUUGAAUAUAUGCUUUUUUUUUU